GCGUCUAAGCUCGCUCAGUGUCAGGUUGCUCGCUGUACGUGAUCUUUGCUGUCUUCGUGUCCGCGAAUCUUUUUUAGUUCUCUUUUAUUUCUCCUUGAGGAUUUGGUUCCUCGAUGGGUAGAGCGUUCGUAAAUGCUUUUUAAGAACACCGACAGCACAGCAGCGAAGAACAGCUCCUUUGUUGGAGUAGGUCUUGUUCUAUAUCUGCCAGGCUUCUAUUUCACCGGAGAACCUCCUUGGCAGCAAAGCUGAGGCUCCCUUUACAAUAAACCCCAUCUCUCACUUGUCCAUUUUGUUGCAUUCUUUGUGUUGAUCUUCCGACACUGAGACAAUGAACAGCUUUAGCAACGAAGACUUUGACUUUAGCUUCCUUGAGGAAGGAUUCACUGCCCGGGACAUCCUGGAGCAGAAAAUCAAUGAAGUUUCCUUGUCUGAUGACAAGGAUGCCUUUUAUGUAGCUGAUCUUGGUGACAUUGUAAAGAAACAUAUCCGGUGGUUUAAAGCACUUCCCCGUGUAACUCCAUUUUAUGCCGUUAAAUGUAAUGACAGCAAAGCCAUUGUGAAGACUCUCUCCAUUUUGGGAGCAGGAUUUGAUUGUGCCAGCAAGACUGAAAUUCAGCUUGUCCAGAGCAUUGGUGUCCAGCCAGAGAGAAUAAUUUAUGCCAACCCAUGCAAACAAGUUUCACAGAUCAAAUAUGCAGCUAGCUGUGGUGUUGAGAAGAUGACCUUUGAUAGCGAGGUUGAACUGAUGAAGGUUGCCAGGAAUCACCCCAAUGCCAAACUUGUUCUGCGUAUAGCAACAGAUGACUCCAAGGCUGUGUGUCGGCUAAGUGUGAAGUUUGGUGCCACUCUUAAAACAAGCAGACUGCUUCUUGAGCGUGCUAAAGAACUGAACGUUGAUAUCAUUGGCGUAAGCUUCCAUGUUGGUAGCGGCUGCACAGACCCACAAACCUUUGUGCAGUCUGUAUCUGAUGCUCGCUGUGUCUUUGAUAUGGGAGCUGAACUUGGAUUCAACAUGCACUUACUUGACAUUGGUGGCGGCUUCCCUGGUUCUGAGGAUGUUAAGCUGAAGUUUGAAGAGGUGACAUCGGUGAUAAAUCCAGCCCUGGAUAAAUAUUUCCCUGCUGACUCGGGAGUAAAAAUUAUUGCAGAGCCUGGGAGAUACUAUGUGGCAUCUGCAUUCACACUGGCUGUCAAUAUCAUCGCUAAGAAAGUCAUGCUGUCUGAACAGACGGGCUCUGAUGAUGAAGAUGAUGCUUCCAGUGACAAAACGCUCAUGUACUAUGUAAACGAUGGCGUCUAUGGCUCCUUCAACUGCAUCUUGUAUGACCAUGCCCAUGUCAAACCCAUACUUCAAAAGAAACCCAAGCCUGAUGAGAAAUUAUAUUCUAGUAGCCUUUGGGGACCAACCUGUGAUGGACUGGAUCGCAUUGUUGAACGAUGUGGCCUACCAGAGCUGCAGGUGGGGGACUGGAUGCUGUUUGAGAACAUGGGUGCAUACACUGUGGCUGCAGCUUCUACAUUCAAUGGAUUUCAGCGACCAACUCUGUAUUAUGUCAUGUCAAGACCACACUGGCAAUUGAUGCAUACUAUCCAUGAACAUGGUCUUGUUCCUGAUGUCCCAGAGCUGAAUGCUGUCCCUGUAUCCUGUGCCUGCGAAAGUGGAAUUGAGCUUAAUGCCUCCACAUGUACUUCUGCAAGUGUCAAUGUCUAGUUUAUUUAUUUAAUGUUGUAGUUGGUAGUAGUUCUUAGGAUGACUAUAGAAGGAUUUAGUUUGGGACCAUUAUUUAAUUUUCACUUUAGUUGAAAUGUUCAGCGUUAAUGCAACAAAAUGGAUGACUGUGAGAUGGGGUCACAAUUAUCUGUGUUCCUAUGGAAACUUUCUUUUUUAAUUCCCUUUUUUUCAAACUGUAUUAAAGAUGCACAGCUGUCCCUCAAGCAUUUGUAGCUUGUGUACUGGCAGAAAGUCAUCUGACCUGUUUUUACAUAAAAUAAAAUAUGUUU